UACGGCCCUGCGGGGCGGGUCCCAGGUUUCCCGCUUCGCUGAGGUGGCGGCGUGACGAAAUUGACGCCGGGGGUCUGCAUGGGGUGGCGGUGGAGGAAGCCGCGUGGGGUGCGCUGCUAGGGGUGGCUCCGCCGGCACUGGGAGCCGGUGUUUACGAGGUGACCAGCUGGUUCUAUCGGAGGGCGACGCCCCAUUCUGAAGGGGAGCGAGGAGGCGGACUGCGCGCCCACGAGCGAGGGGCGGGGCCUCGUGCGUGAAAGGAGCCAAGUUCCGAGCAAUCCGGAUCGGGCGUGGCCUUGGCCUUGGCCUUGGCCUCGGGAUGUGCCGGCACCUGACGGGAACGGCCGAAGGGAGACGCCCGCUUCGCGAGUAGCCGGUGCAAAUGGACCUCUCGGAGGGGCUUGGCUCCGCUCGGAGGCUUUUUGAGGGGCGCGGGGGCGCGAGGGCGGUGCGAAUGUUGGCCCAGAGCGAAUGUUGAUUCCGGCGGCUCGGCGAGGGGCGGAGCCCGGCGCCAGGGGGCGGGGCCUGGCCCUCGGGCUCGGCAGGUGGCGAAUGCGGCGGGAGCGAGGCUCCGCCCCCUGAGGCCCAGGGGCGGUGCUUCGCCGAGACCCCCGAGGCGGUGGGAUCGCUCUGGGCCGCUCUGUCGGUGACCGCGGUGCCCCGGCUCCCGCAGGAGGAUGCUGGUGGUGGAGGUGGCGAACGGCCGCUCCCUGGUGUGGGGGGCCGAGGCGGUGCAGGCGCUGCGGGAGCGCCUGGGAGUAGGGGGCCGCACGGUGGGCGCCCUGCCCCGCGGGCCCCGCCAGAACUCGCGCCUGGGCCUCCCGCUGCUGCUGAUGCCCGAGGAGGCGCGGCUCCUGGCCGAGAUCGGCGCCGUGACCCUGGUCAGCGCCCCGCGCCCGGAUCCCCGCCGACACAGCCUGGCUCUGGCAUCCUUCAAGCGCCAGCAAGAGCAGGGCUUCCAGGAGCAAAGCGCCCUGGCGGCCGAGGCCCGGGAGACCCGUCGUCAGGGGCUCCUGGAGAAGAUUGCAGAGGGCCAGGCGGCCAAGAGGCAGAAGCUGGAGCAGGAUUCCGGGGCCAGCGAGAGCCAGGAGGCCGGUGAGAGCCAAGCAGCGGCCGAGAAUGAGGCCGGUGCGAGCCAGGCUUCUGGAGAGCAGGAGGAAGCAGGCGCCUCCUGUCCCCAACCAGGGCCUCCAGAGGGGGUGGCCCCCUUGCCCAGGUCUGCCCUGCUCGUCCAGCUAGCCACUGCUCGGCCUCGACCCAUCAAGGCCAGGCCCCUGGACUGGCGUGUGCAGUCCAAGGACUGGCCCCACGCCGGCCGCCCAGCCCACGAGCUGCGCUACAGCAUCUACAGGGACCUGUGGGAGCGAGGCUUCUUCCUCAGCGCGGCUGGCAAGUUCGGGGGCGACUUCCUGGUCUAUCCUGGUGACCCGCUCCGCUUCCAUGCCCACUACAUCGCCCAGUGCUGGGCUCCUGCGGAUCCCAUCCCGCUCCGGGACCUGGUCUCUGCGGGCCGCCUGGGAACCAGCGUCAGGAAGACGCUGCUCCUCUGCUCUCCGCAGCCCGAUGGUAAGGUGGUCUACACCUCCCUGCAGUGGGCCAGCCUGCAGUGAACUCCAGAGACUUUCAGGGUGUGGCUGCGUCUGGGGCGAGAGCCUUUCUGGAUGGUUCCAAGUUCAUCUCUGUGUGGGAGACUAGAACACCUUCCUACCUCUGCCUACGGCUCGUGUUUGAUUCCAGAUUUACAAACACUACAUCCUUCUUGUGACCCUCCAUGUUUCAAGCACUGACUGGCUGUGUUGUUUUGGUAGUUACUCAUUUCCAAACUGUGAGCUUCUUGGGAGUGAAGACUCGGUUUGGUUCAUCUCUGUUUUCUACAGGGCUCAAGUCCCAAGAGAUCUCAAUAAACUUGUUGAAUAAA